ACAACAACAACAACACACAACGCGUUGCUUCCACAAAACCAGCCUAUCUCAAACCCCAUCUAUCAACAUACACAAUGGCUGCUCCUGCUGCUUUCUCCGAUAUCGCCAAGGCGGCCAACGAUCUCCUCAACAAGGAUUUCUACCACACCAGCCCUGCCAGCAUUGAGGUCAAGUCCAAUGCUCCCAAUGGCGUCACCUUCACCGUGAAGGGAAAGUCCACUCACGAAGGUCCCAUCGGUGGCUCUCUCGAAGCCAAAUAUGUUGACAAGCCCAUCGGUCUCACCCUCACCCAGGCCUGGACCACCGCCAACGCCCUCGACACCAAGCUCGAGCUCGACAACAACAUCACCAAGGGCCUCAAGGCUGAGAUCCUCACCCAAUACUUGCCCACCUCUCAAUCCAAGGGCGCCAAGCUCAAUCUCUACUUCAAGCAGCCCAAUCUUCACGCUCGUGCUUUCUUCGACCUCUUGAAGGGCCCUACCGCCAACCUCGAUGUCGUCCUUGGCCACGAGGGUUUCCUUGUCGGUGCUGAGGGUGGCUACGAUGUGCAAAAGGCUGCUAUCACCAAGUACUCCGCUGCCGUUGGUUACAGCCUUCCUCAGUACUCUGCUGCCAUCACUGCCAGCAACAACCUCUCCGUCUUCUCUGCCAGCUACUACCACCGUGUGAACGCUCAGGUUGAGGCCGGUGCUAAGGCUACCUGGGACUCCAAGGCCGGCAACAACGUCGGCUUGGAAGUUGCCAGCAAAUACCGUCUUGACCCCUCUUCCUUCGCCAAGGCCAAGAUCAACGACCGCGGUAUUGCCGCUCUCGCUUACAACGUUCUCCUCCGCCCUGGUGUCACUCUCGGCUUGGGUGCUUCUUUCGACACCCAGAACCUCAACCAAGCUGCCCACAAGGUCGGUGCCAGCUUCACCUUUGAGGGUUAAACAUCCUCUCCCAAUUUAAACAAAUGAGAUACCCCGGAUGAAGCUAUUUCGCCUUGACAUUGCAUUGUCCGGUUAGACUCAAAGAAAAUGUCUGCAUAAUAUAGAGUGUGUAGUUGAACAACAAAUUUGUUUCUGUCCAUUUUCACUUGUAAUAGUGGUUUUGCGCAGACAUGAAAUCUUUGAUUGGACCGGACGAAUGCGAGGUGACAGGCGAUUUGUGGUGUAAUCCGGUUUUUGAUGGGCGUGUGUUUUGGCAUGGAAGCAUGCACUUUUUUGUUUAAUUGUGCUACUGACAGCUAUACUUGUAUAUCAAUAAAUCAAGAGCUUUUCCUUUGUCGCUACAUCAAGUUCCAUAGCGGACGUAUUAUAUAGUUAUGAUAAAUAUGCGGACUUCAUAAGAGCAGUAUAUCAUGCAGUAUGUCGAUCGGUAGCAUAAAUACAGCGAUAUAGUAAAUAACACCCUCAAUAGUAUUCCAUGACCAAUUGAUAUGUCCCCUCGAGGCAGCUAUUGUAUCAAUCACCAUCCUCCCUCGAUCCUAAGCCCUUACCCUGCGACGUCUUCCCCGAUCUCUUUCCACCAGGACU